UUGCGCAUCGGCUGCUAGCGCCAGGUUGACGUGAUCGUGCCGUCGCCGAGGUAACCGUCAGAAAAGCGGGGUUAUUGCGCAGGAUGGAGGUGAGACCGGCUGGAGAGAUCCUGAGCUCCGAGUGGGAGCGAGCCGGGUCGGACCCGCCGGCCGAGGGCAGCCAGAACCCGAGGUCGGACCCGCCGGCCGAGGGCAGCCGGAACCCGAGGUCGGACCCGCCGGCCGAGGGCAGCCAGAACCCGAGGUCGGACCCGCCGGCCGAGGGCAGCGAGAACCCGAGAUCGGAGCGAGCCGGGUCGGACCCGCCGGCCGAGGGCAGCCGGAACCCGAGGUCGGACCCGCCGGCCGAGGGCAGCCAGAACCCGAGGUCGGACCCGCCGGCCGAGGGCAGCCAGAACCCGAGGUCGGACCCGCCGGCCGAGGGCAGCCAGAACCCGAGAUCGGAGCGAGCCGGGUCGGACCCGCCGGCCGAUGGGAGCAGGAACCUGGGGUUGGAAUCGUCGGUGUCCGACCUACCGGUGGGGAGCAACAGCAGCCUGGGAUCGGAUUCACUGGCCGGGGGGAGCGGGAGCUCGGAGUUGAAUCCGCCGGCCGGGAGAAGAGGGAUACUAGGGUCACACCCGCCGGCCGGGAAGAUGCAGAGCUGGGUGAUGCAACAGGACGUGCAGAUGGUGUCGGCGAGUCUGAAAGUUGAUCCCUGUCGAGAGGCUAAGGAACUUACGGAGAGCAUUGAAGAAAUGUUAAUUCGAUUGGAUGAAUUUUGUGGAAUGCUUGACAUGAUUCGAAAUGACUCCUCUCAAAUUUUGGAUGAAAGUAUACCAAAACUGAAGGUCAAGGCACUAGAAAUGAAGGAGGUAUAUUCUAAGAUUGAUAAAAUGGAGAUUUUUGUGAAGAUGGUUGAACAGAGUGCAGCUAUGCUGGAGGAACAAGUGAUUCAGGCAGAAAAAGACUGUGGCAGCGUGUCUCGGGGUGUUUGCAGAUUCCUCCAUUCAAUCAAUGCACCGUUUUUGAAUAAGAAACGUAACUGUAUCAGCCAGCAGAAUUUGGCAUAUGAGCUACCCAACCUAUACCGAACUGAAGCCUGUUUUCCUGCAAAUCACAACAGGACAUUCUUUAAACAAAACGAGUGAGGGUAAUUUUGUUCCUCUUGCCCAAGAGGAAACUAUUUACAUUAACGUGAAGAACCUGGCAUGACUGCAAGUUUUGUACAGUUUCUGUCAUUAAGUUCCACUUGGACAAAGGCUGUAAAAUGCUUCAUUGCAACUGUGGAGAUAUCCUACAAACCAACUCAAAGUACAAAGGGAUUUGCAUGAAGAAACUCUAGGAUUGUGUUACUUGUAGGUUAUUAAUGAAAUAAUACAGGUUGAGUAGCCCUGAUCCGAAAUUCCAAAAUGUUAUUGAGACGUGAUUUCACAAAUACAAAAUUCCAUAAACGCUGGGAAAUUUCCUAAGCGAUACGGAGCUCUCUACGCACCAGACAGUACUGAGAAGUGAUCUAACUUCUGUUCAUUACAUAUGUAAAUGAUAAAAUAGAAAAAAACAGCAUAAAGCGAAAAAUGAAGAUCUUGAUUGUGUCUUGAAAGAGUGGAUUUAUCAGCUUUGGAGUGAAUGUAUGUUGAUCAUGAAACAAAGCUUUAUCUUAAUGAACUGAAAAUUGAAGGUAAUUGUGAAUACUCAGCAGUCAGGUUGCAGAAAUUUAUGAAAAGGCAUGGCAUUUUAUUUUUAAAGAUUUGAGGUAAAAGUGUCUACAUCACAAGGCAGAGAAAUUAAUGAAUUUGCCAAGAUUGUCACUGAUGAAAACCUUGAUAAUGCUGAACAGGUGUAUUAGUACAUAUGUGUAAUGCACAAGUGUAAGACAAAGACUGCUUACCAGUGGCAUAUAAAUUCAGAGUUGGAAAUGAUGGCGAUCCCAAACUAUUUCAUUAUAUAUUCCAAAAUCUUAAAUAUUUCCAGCCCUAAACAUUUUGGAUAAGGGGUACUCAAUCUGUAAUGCCUGGAGUUGCAGCUCCACCAACGCACUAAAAUCUCACAGCUGUACCAUGGCCAAGGCAACUUAACAUUAUGCUUUUUGGCACACUACUUCCCUUGUGAUAAUUCAAUGAACAGUUAAUCAUAUUAUGAAAGUGAAUCUAAAUUUGCGGCAUGUGUACCUUCAUGUCGUAGGUCUUAAAAGCCACACUGGUUUUCAAAUCUAUGUUUAAGUACCAAGUACUGAUCUAAUAUUCAUUUGUCUUGAUUAUUUCAUGCUUAUGAAUACUGCACUUUUCCUGUCAUGGGAAAUUGGGCAUUUUAUCUGCUAGAAAAAGGUCAACUGCCAUUUUUCGCAUCCAAAAAUACACUUCCUGUUAUAGGAUGUAAAACUUACAAUGCCCUGAGUUUUAAAAUCAACAUAGGAAUAGAGUAGAAGAAAUAAAAUGCUUAAGAUAUUGUGGAUAUUAAAAAGGACGAGUAAGUGACUCAUUUUGCGCAAACUUUCAAACCAAGACUAGACACUUUUAGUACCAAUUCUCCAAUGUUUUCUAUCUUCGACAAGGCAUUAAUAGGAACAGUUUUACAUCAUGGAAACACUGCAUUUGAAUUAUCUGUUAAAGCACACUUCCUGUCAACUGUACAUACAAUUCUUGCCCAGCAGUACAGACAUACAGAAAGCAGCUUUUUUUCUGUGAAGUGAAGCACCCAUAGGCAGUUGCAUUUGGCAAGUUGUAUUUCUAUUGAUAAAUGAUACAUACAAUCUAACCAAGCACAAUGGAAAUUUUAAAAAAUGGAUACAUAUAAAAAGGAGAGUGAAAAAUGCACAAUGCUACAUUUGCAUAAAUUCAGCCUCCCAGGUAAACUUCAGUAAGUCAUAGAACAGUAUAGCACACAAGGACCCCUUCAGCCCAUCUAGUGAGAACUGAACUAUAAUUAUGCCUUGACCCGUCGACCUGCACCCAGACCAUAGUCCUUCAUGUACUUAUACAAAUAUUGCUUAACUGUUGAAAUUGAACCUGUAACCACCUCUUCUGUUGGCAGCUUAUUCCACUCUCACCACCGUUCCCCUUAAACAUUUCACCUUUCAUCCUUAACCCAGUUCUAGUAUGAAUUAGAGCACCAGUUUAUUAAACUUUGAACACUUGUCAGAUUGAAAUUGCCACUUCUAUGAAUUCAGAACAGCUUAUUACUCAAAAUGUUUACAGACUUUGAAGGUAAUUUGUUUUCUACAUAGUUUUGCAGAGCAAACUUUUUUGCUAGCUCUGAAUUAGACUGGGUGAGAGAUAUGUUACUUUGCAAACUGGCUGUUUGUGAAAUGUUAACUACAUUUGCAUAAAAAUUAAUAGAACAAUUAUUUUAUGUAAUAGCAACAAGUGGUGAGAGUAAAAGUAACUACAAGUUGUAUUUUUGUAAUUCAUUCCAAAUUGCCUCUUAUUCUUCUCAUUUGCUAUUAUCAAUCCAGCAUAACCAAUGUCAUUCACUAGUUUGUAAUAACUGUAAAUUUGGCAUUUCUCUUUACACUGAUGUAUUUUUAGUUUUUAAAUUAUUAGCUGUCAAUUAAAUUGAAAAAUUUACUUUUAAAGAUGCAUCAAGAUUUACCUACAUUAAAAUGAUAUAAUUAAUGAUA